UGCAUAAAAAGGAAAAUUUUAGUCAAAAAAUGGCUCAAGUAAUCAAGUCUUUAAUAGCAUUAAUACUCGCGGCCACAAUAGUAACGUUGUGGUUCUUUAUAGAGUCAUUUUCUGAAUAUAAUGAACUCAAAAUCUUGUUUUAUAACAAUCAUACGUAUAAAAUUAUUCUGGGCUCUCUGGUAUUAUAUACCAUUAGUUACAUUUUGGUAACAUUAACUUAUGAUGCGUUCUUCUCCGAGGAUGAAGAAGAUGAUUCAGAUGGUCCACGUGAAGUCCGAGUAGACUUUCCGAAACACUUUUUUGAUGGAUUCGUAGAAAGGACCAGUAGAAUUUUGGGGUGGCUAAAUCCCACACGUAUGUUUGGAAUCGCGUAAGAAUGGGCGUAAAUAAGAGUACAGCUGAAGCAAAAUUGACAAGUGGUGUACAAUACUUGAUGCAUAUUUUUUGACUAAAUUUCCUCAUCUUCAUAAACUUUUUCAUAAUACCGACCGACAAUGACAGUAUUACAACUGACUACUUACAAAAAUCUGAAAUCUAUAUAACAAAUCCAUCAAAA